CCGGCCGUUUGACCCGUGGGCACAUAUUUAACUUUGCCACCCCUACGAGGGAGUAAUUACAAUUAACAUGCUUAUGCACCGAAAGUGUCCUUGGAAUUCAUUCAUUGAUUCAUCGGAGUGAGGGAAUGAUAGGUUGCAGGUCUUUGUUGAGAGUCCACCGAUUUCUCAGAUUUACCAACCUUAUACACUUUCAGGGACAGAGAACUUAUUAUGGUUUAAGCUGUGAUUCUAUAAUGGGUGGUAGAAAAAAGAGAGUUGUUAUUGAUGACCAUAGCAAUAAGCAGAAAGCAAUGACUUCUAUCUGGAGACCUGUUUCGACUAAUGCUAGUUCUUGUGAAGAAAGCUUGUUAACGGCUGCGACGGUUGAGUCAAAAGAUGGAGAUAGAGUUCAAGAAGUGGGUUGUAGCACAUCCGGCACUAUCUCUAAUGAGUAUGACAUGAAGGUAGCUGCUGAAUCUAUUGAUGAAAAUACAGAAUCAGCUGCUAGUUCCAGCCAAUUGCAGGGUGAUGUUGAAAACAAAGUGCUAGGAGAUUCAUCUCUCUCCACCGAAAAGCAUUCAAUUUCUGUGCAGGUUGGUGCUUCUCUAUUUCGUUUUAUUAAAGGAAAAGGGGGAUUCACACAGAAAAAGAUAGAAGAGGAGACGAAGGUUAAGAUAAUAUUCCCUUCUUCAAAAGAAGACGAGUUUAUCACCAUUGAAGGCAUUUCAAUAGAUAGCGUGACUUCAGCUUCAGAGAAGAUUCAGGCUAUAAUUGAUGAGGCGGUCAGGAGUCGAAGUCUUGAUUAUUCACACCUCGUAUCCCUUCCAUUGGCCAUCCAUCCUGAGUUAGUUUCUAAACUAAUCAAUUUUCAACACACUAUUUUGGGAAAUGACGAUUCUAGCAUAGACGAGAAUCUUGACACCGACUCCAAUGAGGCUGAGGAUAUUAAUGAUAACAAAGAAGUGGAUCAAUUGUCAAAGAAAAAGGCUGAUGUUGCAGUUGAACUGAAAGUUGAUGAUGACCGUAAAUCAGUUAAAGUUAAUCCUACUAGCAUACCACUAGUCAGUUAUGCACCUAAAGCAUCCAAGGCUCCCACUUCAUCUGACUUGGGGAUUGAAAAAUCUAUAUUCAUCAAGCCUAAGACAUUUCACCUCACAGUACUCAUGCUUAAGCUGUGGAACAAGGACCGGGUUAAGACAGCUACUGAGGUCUUGCAGAGUAUUUCCUCAGAAGUUAUGGAAGCAUUGGAUAAUCGACCUGUCUCGAUAAGAUUAAAGGGGCUGGAAUGCAUGAAAGGUUCGUUGGCCAAAGCCCGUGUCCUGUAUGCUCCUGUAGAAGAAAUUGGCAGUGAGGGGCGUCUUUUACGUGCCAGUCAAGUCAUAAUUGAUGCAUAUGUUAAAGCUGGACUUGUCUUGGAGAGUGAUGCUAAACAAGGACUGAAGCUGCACGCCACUUUGAUGAAUGCAAGGCAUAGGAAAAGGACAAAACAGAAGAGAAAUGAUGUAUCUUUUGAUGCACGAAACAUAUUCAAGCAGUAUGGAUCAGAGGACUGGGGGGAAUAUCUUAUUCGUGAAGCUCAUCUAUCGAAGAGAUUUUCAUUUGAUGAAAAUGGAUACUAUCAUUGCUGUGCUUCAAUACCUUUUCCUGAAAAUAUGCAGGUAGAGUGAUUGAUAUCUUUGAGGAAUCAUGGGAGUUGCUUCUCAAAGUCUUUAAACUUCCCUUGCAGCCAAUGUAAAUGCUUGUCGACACCAAUCAGAAAAAAGUGGGUACUAGUAGUGCAUGGGGUUUAGAUCAAUUUUGUGUUUAAAUGCUUUGCUUGACAGUUGACACGGUUUCUUAUGGAGCUCGAAUUCCUAAUCGGCAGUGAAUGUCAAAUGUUUUUUUCGUUAAACAUCACUGAUAUUGCACCUUUUGCUGAUAGCUUAUUGAUGGACCUGGAUUCUUUGCCGUCACCAAACUCAGUUAUUGCACUCUACUUAUCUUCAUGACAUUGGAUUGAGCUCAAAUAACUUUAUAUUGGACUCACCAAAUCAUAUUUAAAAUAUGAACUCAAAAUGAGUCGGUUGAUCUUUUAUUCAACAGUUGGAA